UCCGGCUUUUUUCGUAUAGUAUUUUUUACAAUCUAAUUUGUUUAUCUAAAAAUAUUUAAUCAACAAGUAGUUCAAUAAAACAUUAAAAAUCAUUUGAUUAAUAGCAAGAUAAGCUAGUAAAGAAACUGUAUUAAACGAACAAACAACAUGGUACGCAAAGAAUACACCAAGGGAUUUGAGGGUUAUCAAAAAUCCGUAGAAGAGUUGUACAAAGAUAAAAAUACCCAAUUAUAUAUCUACUUUACGGGUGAAAAGGAUAACAAAGGUGUUAGUUGGUGUCCCGAUUGUAAUGAUGCCCAACCUUUCGUCGAUCAAGCUGUAGAGAAAUUUGCCGAUUCUGAGGCUAUCUUGCUUACAGUAGAUGUUGGCGAUAGACCUUUCUGGAAAGAUAUGAAAAAUCCUUUCCGUGGUGAUGCCAAUAUAAAACUCAUGGUCAUUCCUACUUUGGUACGCUGGAAGAGUGUUGUCCGCCUAGAAGGUGACCAGCUCACUAAAAUGGAUCUGUUAGAUAUGUUUUUCAAUGAAGAAUAAUUGUAUUUAUUAACUAUGUUUUCCUAUAUUUUAAGCUAUAAAGUUGUUUAAAAUAAAUUAUGACAAGCACGUUUUUUACAAGAAAUAAUUAAA